UUUAGUAAAAGUUUUUUUAAUAAAAAGAGAAUUUUGAUAAAUUUAAAGUGUUGCAAAGUUAUUGCCUUUUCGUGAAAAAGUUUUCUUAAUUUUUUCAUUAUUUUCAAGGAUAUUUGUAACCUACCCCACUUUUUCUAUGUGUUUUUAUUAGAACAAAUCAAAAAAGAAAAAAAAACGAGAAAAUAUCAACGUCAUUUUUACACACGCACAUUGGAACUAUAUUCUCAUAGUGUCAGACCCCCAAAAGAACACUAAAAUAACAGGAUUUAAUUAAAUCCUUACGUGUGUUUUGAAAUUCAAAAAUUUGAAUAUUAAAUCAAUAAAUUACUUUAAAUUUUAACCAGCAGAAAAAAAACUGUAUGCUUUGCACGUUGCUAAGCAAAACAUAAGAAUCCUAAUUAUUGCAAAGUGAAAGCACCAUAUGUUUAAAACUAUUUUUUGAAAAAAUUUUGAAUAUAUUUGUGUUAAAAAUCCCAACAUUAUUAAGGCCAUUAUGUAUAAAACCAUAAGGCACGGUGAGAAUAGUUUGCAAUAUACGAUUUUACCGCAAAAUGAUGAUUUUCGUUUGGAGGGCAAAAUAAAAGCGGGCUCAGGAGGUGGUGGGGUCAAGAAAUCGAAAGCUAAAAAACCCAAAAGAAGAUCCUUUUUUGCCUAUUUGGGUCUACUGUUCGUGUGCACGGUUAUUAUAGGGGCCGUCUUGGUGCCUUUUCUAGUAUCGGCGGAAUGUCUACCCAAUCCUACGGAAUGGUUUCUGAAAACUAAAAAUGCUUUUAGUCAAAAACCUUUGGAACUCAAGGACAAUGUGCCCACUCAUUUAUCUACACAAAAUAACAUUCUAUUAAACAAAGGCAAUUUGGCUUUGAAUGUUGGAAAACCGGUAAAAAUUAUCAAUAAAGAUGGUGUGGAAAAAUUUAUUUUGAAAGUUAACAAGUCCGUUAGCACAGAAGCUCCCAAGCUUAUACAUGAUAACAAACCCAUAGCAAAUGUAAACAACACUAAUAAAGAUCUACCAAGCCCCACAACUGCUUUAAAUCCUGCAGCCUCUGCACCAGAACUUAAUGAAAAAAUCUCCAUUUCACAUCUAAACCUAAACGCAGACACCACUUCACUACCCUCGCCCACAGAAAAAACUCCUGAUGUUAGCCUCCUCAAAACCCUGAUAACUCAAACUACUUUAAGCCCAGCAACCACUACUACUGCUGCUGCUGCACCCACCACCACCAUCACCCCGACUCUCUCACCUUUACUCAAUCGUCCUUUAUCAUCGGCCUCUGUUCCUAGUGUACCCAGAGCCUCUUUGCAGUCAGCUUUAAAUCAAAAUUCCAAUAGUUCUUCUACUCAACCCACCAUAACGACACGCAUAAUGCAGGUGCCUCUUCUAAAAUCGACCGCUAAGAAACCUGCUAUACCACCAGUUUUAGUUAAAAAUCUUUCACCUAUACAACCUACUCCUGAUAAUAGUAAUCUUAAUGAUAUUUUACCCGCUAAAACGGCUGGAAGUGUUAUUGGUGUUAAGGAAGGGGAAAAUUCAGAUUGGAUACAUUCUCAUUGGCCGUAUAUAGAUCCAUCGACAUAUUUUCAAUGGAAUGGUUACAAAACUGAGGAUAGUGUUUUAUUGCCCGCUCUCUUGGGUUUCGCUUUAAUUGGUGUUAUACUUAUAAUCACUGUCUGUUUGGUGGCACGCAAUAAAAGAACAAUAGUUACAUCAGUGAGGAAACGUAAUCGUAAUGAUCUAGAAGAAACUGGCGCCGAGGAUAAUACCACCUUAUUAACCAAUACCAAUUUAUCAGAUGAAGAUUAAAUAAAAAGGAAUUUUUUUAUUCCCCCAACAAAAGCUAUUAUAAAGGUAAAUUUAUUUUAUAAAUUUAAAAAUUUUUGUUGUAAAUUUAAUUUUAGUUGAAAAUUUACUUAAAAAAACAAUAAUUCAAAACACUAAAGGCGUCAAGAGACAAAAUAUCAAACUAAAAAUGUUUUUAUAACAAAUAUUGCUUAAACCGAUUUAAAAAAAGAUAUAU